AUGGGCACUGACACUUCUAUCUUUUUCACCGAAGAUACUCUCCCUAAUGCGCAAUGGGCCGAGGACACAAUCGAGGACCAAGCAAAAAUGCUCGAGGUGAACAACGUGGUAAACCGGGUCUUGUCCACACCUUUUCCGCCCCAGCCCUUGCUGGUUCUGGAAACAAGUACCGAUCGCGCCAUUCAUCUGGCCAAGGCUGCAGUUGAUGCUAUCGCCAAAGUGAAUGCGAAGAAAGGCCGGCCCACUGUAGUCUUCUCUGUCAACGGGCCCGAAGUCCACUGUCAAGUGCUUUUCCGACGCAUGCGUCUGCUGAGCCAAAACGACAACCUCCGGCUCGUCCUGAUGGCUAGUGGAGCGCAGGAUGUCGCACCGUCUGGCAUGUCCCUCCUCUUGGCGCGAACCGCCGAGGUCGAGGCCGACGACGGACGACCAAGCAUUCGAAACGCAGAUUUUGCUGCAUCGUAG